UUUGAAUAAAAUUCCAUUAGUUCCCAAAAACCUAAAAUAUUGUCCAUUUUUGGAGGUUGGUUUUUGGUUUUUGAUCUGGAGAUUUGAAUAAAAGAGUUGUAAAAGGUUGAUGGUAUCAAAUGGAGAUUUGGCGUGGCUAUUUAUACCUAAAAUUCAUUUGAUUAUCAUUUGAUUCCAUUUACGCAAUCCAUGUAUAAAACUUGUGGCAGUAAAAUGUAUGUGAUUGAUGAAACAAAGAAAUCAGAAUUAUGUAGUAAAAUUCUCAAUAUUCCCCACUUAUCAUAAUGAGCAAAGCGAUUUGAAAAAGAGAAAGCAUCAUCAUCGCUUUCAUCAAGUAGUAUUAUUUUUUAUAAAAUUUUCAGCCAAUAAAUUAUUGAUUAAACGUGAAUGAUGAGUGGUUAUUCGGAUGAUGAUGAUUUCGUCAAACCGUCUGCUUUCUCAAAUACUCCGAAUCCAGCAACGCCAUCAACAUCGUCCAAAAGGAAAGCAACCACUCCCACCAGUAGCAAAGCAAAAACGCCCAAAAAGAAGAAGGAUGGCGAUGCUGUCAGGAAGGAUGACGAUGAAGUCCAGGAAGAAGAAUUGAUAAGUUUUAAAUUUCUUAAAGUGGGUUCGGAUGAUGAGGUUGGGGAGGACGAACCGGAAACGAAGCGAGAAUGGAAAAUGGUACAAAUGGAAGGAAGUACGAGAUACUCAAGAGGUCCACCUACCAGCCCCCUUGAACGAGGUUAUGUCGACCGAAAAAUUAAGCAUCGAAAUGAUAAGAAUGGCACUAUUUGGUGGAAAAUCGGAGAAGUCUUGGGUACAACUAAGAAGAUGUCGGAUAAAUCUAGAGACGUAGGGGACAAUAAACUGCGAGAACUUUUCUGCACAUUGGCAAGAGAAGUCGACGAAGAAGAGGAAAUGGGAUCGCAACAGUCGAGCACAUCAGAUCUCACUCCUCUCACCCCGGAAAUAAUAACGGGAAAAUAUCCCCCUCUUAAUGCUGCGGAAAGGCUUAUUGCAGAGACAAAGAUAAGACAAGCGGGGGCAGAAGGGAUAGCGGUACCGGGGACAACUUCAAGGGUUGCAUAUUCCUCACCAAAUGAAAAACGAUCGUAUGGGUUAUACGUAUAUGUUAAACAAAAUUCGAAGUACAAUUUUAUAUGUUCUGCAAUUCCAAAUUGUGUGCGAACAAAUGGAACGUUUAUGGACCCAGUGCCAAAAUGUGACCACCACAAAGGUCAACAAACUGGUUUUAUUUUGGGUCAAUUCACUGAUGGGGCAAAUAAGAAUCAAGACGUCAUCCUCCAUGUAAUCGCCUCUUUCACAUUUGAUUUUGGAGAGGUUUAUACAAAAGAAGUUAGUGCGACAAGGUCACUUAAAAAUCAGGCUUUACAUAAACCCAAUGGGGGGUGGAGUUUAUAUUGUACAGAGUGUAAUGCAAAACGUAGACCGACCCCUAAACUAGUUGAAUUAGAAGGGCGGCGUCGCUACUUCUCCGAUGAGGAAGAGUUGAUGAAAGUUUACUCAGCACGCCAGACCACGACCCUUUUCCAAAUGCUGUUAUGGCCCGAUACCACCAUCCAAAUUAUCUACCUGAAUAUGAUGGUUAACUUUCCAAAUGGGGCAUACGAGGAGCUAAUGGAGGAGAUGAACCUGUAUGAUUUGGAACUGAGGAUUCAUGAUAAGCUAUCAACAGUACCGGAGGAGGGUCUAGAUAUUCCAUUUCUCGUACGGGCGGAAAAGGAUGAAAGUAUUGGAGCAUUGUUGUCGAGGGGAGGAAAAGAGAAAGGAGAGAAGGUCGCUGCGUUGUAUUUUGCGUCGAAUCCCUAUGUGAUUUAUGCUGGGCAAGCACUGAGACACGAUGUGCAUAAGAAGGUCUCCGGUGACCCCAUAGUUGAAUACAAAAACAAGUCGCCAUCCACCCAUCCAGACCCCAAGAUUGUCCCAAUUGGACUCGUUCGUGAAGAGGAUCGGUACAAAUGGGAAUUCCAUCUCCACAUGUCACUCAUGCGGUGUGACAAGUUGGGCAAGUGGACGAGGUUGGAACACUUUCACAACUUGAAAUGUGAGUAUGAAUGCGGUAAGGCGCAACCCGUUACGAAAACGUUGAUAAUUAAUGACCGCAUUACCACGCGUCAAAUAUAUCCUUGGCAUGCACUAAUCUAUUACAAAUUGGACCCCUGGGAGCUUAAAAUCCUAUCCAAGACGGAGGGCACGUCACUCGACGCUAAUUCCGAGGCACAACUCAUCAUUAAUGAAUUGAAUAACGGCGACCCCCUCGAGUUCCAGGAGGCAGCCAACGACUCGUCGUCAACGUCAACGUCCACGCCAACUGUAGCCAAUUUGGGAGAUGUUGUUGAUGUAGAUGAGGAGGAUGAGACGAAGAAGAAUGAGAUUAAGAGGUCAAAACGGUUGGUGGUGGAUGACGGCGGAAAGCAUCACUAUUACCACGCCUACAUCUGUGGGGGGACGUUAAUAAGUCCGACAAAAAUACUCACGGCUGCACACUGUCUGACCAAUUCGAGUGGUCAUGUAAAGCAUCCGCAAGACUUUACCGUCAUUUUGGGGGGAAUUAGUAAUAGUUUUUAUACAAAUAAACAGGAUUCCAGUAGUCAAAUUAUACCUGUUAAAAAUCUCUACAUUUCAACUGCCUUCAACUACGACAAAUUUGAGGGAGACAUUGGAAUAAUUUCGUUACAAAGUUCGGCCAAAUUGUCCAACGUUAUCCUGCCCGUGUGUCUGCCUGAGAAUGUGGCAGACUCGCGAUACUUUCUCACGAAUGGAAAAUACGGCGAGGUUAUUGGAUCAAAACCUGAGAUUGGUCGGACUCCUUUGGGUGGUUAUGGACUUGGUUUGUCGACACAACUCAAGUCCAAAAAGUUACAUGUUCUCCCAACGAUUGAAUGUUCCCGAAAUAUCGACAGAUUUCCGAGCGACCGGGAAUAUUGUGCAGGGAUGACGGACGAAGUAAUAUGCAGCGGAGAUUCUGGCGGAGGUAUGGUUUCAUCUCCAAACUUUGGUUUACGGCGGAGAUACACGAUUCAGGGAAUCGUAAGCUAUGCUCGUACAAGACAAUUAUGCGAAAAUUAUGCCGUCUUUACUCGAGUUUACACUUUUAUGGACUGGAUCCAACGUGUCAUGAAGGACGGUGAAAAACUGGAGGAUGAGAAAGGAUGACAAAUUCUGGAUGUUCCUUAAUAAUUGAUUUACAUUAAUUUAUACACAUUAUUUCUGUGAUAUGAGGAAUAAAAUGCAGUUAAGUUAUAAGCCA